UUUGGCUCCAGUGGCCACUUGCCGAUCUGUGGGGAUCGAGAGGUCGGGUUUGCGUUGUACAUAGAGCGGUGGCACCCUUUGGGUCUUCCGCAGGCAAACCUCCCACUCCCAGGCGAAGAUGGGAGACCCACACACUGCUUGGCUUCAUUUUCACGGGCGGCAAAGAUUCGAGGAAAUGAGAGGCCUGAAUGCCAACAACGAAGCAAUGGUCGACGAACUGGUAGAAUCCCAUGCCCUGCGGACCAACGAGUGCAUCGAUGCCUUCAAGGCUGUGGACCGUGGUCACUUCUGGCCUCCAGGGGGCGACCUGGCCUACGCCGAUAUGCCUUUGCGCCAUGGCCGACUGCACCUGUCGGCACCGCACAUCUAUGGCAAGGCGCUGGAGUCGUUGAUGCCUUUGCAGCCAGGGAUGUCCUUCCUGAACAUUGGAUCAGGCACAGGAUAUUUCAAUUGCAUCGUGUCUGAAUUUACAGGGCCUCAUGCUGCCAACCACGGCGUGGAGAUUUGGCCAGAGACAGUCGCCCAUGCCCGCGCGCGCACUGCAGCGCUGGGCAAGCGCACCAUACAGUUUACAGAGGGGAACAUCUACCAGCUGAACGUGAACGACACCAUGCGCUAUGACCGCAUCUACGUCGGAGCAUGCGCAAACUCCAAGUCCAAGUACCUCUACAGGCUCUUGGAGGUUGGCGGCAUACUUAUCGGGCCCUUUCAGGUCGGCCACAGCCAGCAGCUACGGCGCGUGGUACGGCAGACGGAGACCCACUUCUUCGUGGAGGUGCUGGGCUCUGUUCAAUUUGCGUGCCUCGUGGAGCCAACGCAGUGCAUCCGAUCGGCGGGAGUUUUUGCGCCUCCGCCGCGAAGCGCGCUGCACACGGAGGAGGUGCAAAACUCGGCUCAAAGCGGAACAACAACGCCAGCCACCAUGUCCUCCAGUGAGAACGCCGAGAACGAGAGCCAUCAACUCAUAGGCUUGCCGGGGGUGCCUUUCACCUUCUCCUUGCUUGAGAGUCCCUGGACUCCAGAAAGGAGCUGGCUGUAUCCGGCGUCCUUCAAGCAAGUUGUGGCCACCGGCCUCUUGUGCAGACCAAGAGGAGGUAUGGUGGGCCUGCCCGCGGAGAUUUGGAUCAAGCACGUCCUCCCUUGGUGCUCGCGGAGGUGGUUCGAGGCUCGACACGGCACUCCUGCAAUACAGCCACUGGCUGCACCAGCUGAGGCGCCCUCCUUGGUCCUGCCUUGCAAGGAGGAAGAGGAGUCGGAGGACUCGGCCUCCACGAGGGCCCCGUCCUCCCAGAACACCCCGGACAGUGGUCCUUCGCAACCUCCAGUGGACAUGAGGUCAAUAUCGGAUCAAAUGAGUACAGAUGACUAUGGCGAGGAUGUGCUGUUCGAGGUGUGGAGCAAUGGCCAGCGCUACGCGAUUGGCCGUGAGGGCGAUCCGGAUGAUGCUGACCAGCACCAUCACAGAAUGGCGGUUCCCCUGCGAGUACUGUCCAACGCCAUCCAAGCGCAGUUGCUGGCAGAGGAAGCACGCACCAGACAGCGCCGGCGUCAGCGCGAGGAAGAAGAGGAGGAGCUUCCCGAGCCGCUUCAGGCAGCCGGGAUUUGGGAUGAGGAGGCCUGGGAGUGGGGAGAUGAGGUCAUGGAUCUUGACAUGGACGGAGACGAUGACAUGGACAUCGCAUGAUGUGCAGAGCACCAGGCUGUCGUCGAACACCGUGCACUUGAGGCAGAUGAGUCUGAGCGAGGCUGGCUCCGAACUAGUGGAUGGGUGAAGAGCCCAGGCCCUGCGGUGAAUUUUAAGCGCAGGGGGUUUUAGCGUGCGCAGACACUUCGCGCAGAGAGGCUCGUGGGUAGCAUGGUGCCUUCAAGUCGCUGAACACCUGUCGCUACUGGAUGCAGGCUGUCCUACUGA